UUGGAGACCGUGAAAAAUCAAAUGGGAAGAAUAUUUAAUGAGGGAGGGAGGGAGUAAAUUUUUUUAAGUAUUAAGCGUCUUAAAAAAACCUAAUCUGACCACUGCAUCUUCUUCCAGUGAUACUUUAGAUGGCAGGAAGGAAUCGCGUUCAUCGGGAAGGAUUCGACCGUCAUCGCAAUCACCUUGCAGAAGGGCGUCUUGUUCGUAGUCCUAUGCGCCGAUCCUUGCAUCCCCAUCCUGCCUUGUUAGAGGAAGAACUUGAAAUUCGACAUGUUGAAAUUCGCCGACUUUUAGGAGAAAACCUGAGACUGGGUGAAGAUCGCGUUACUCUACAACAGGAGUUGGGCGCUGCUAAGGAAGAUCUGCAUCGCAUGAAUCGUGCUAUUGCAGAUAUUCAUGCUGAACAUGAUCUCCGUUCCAGGGAAAUCAUAGAUAGGGGUCUAAAGUUGGAAGCUGAUCUUAGAGCCCUCGAACCCCUGAAAUACGAUGCCAAACAGCUUCGGACCGAAGUUCACAGGCUGAAUAGCAUAAAGAAGGAUCUCUGUGAGCAGGUGGAGACACUGACUAAAGAAAUUUCGAAACUGCAAGCUGAAAACCAACAGAUUCCACUUUUGAGGGUGGAAAUUGAUGGAUUACGUCAGGAGCUUUUUCAUGCUAGGUCUGCUCUUGAUUAUGAAAAGAAGGCAAAAGUUGAUUUGGUUGACGAGAGAAAGGGAAUGGAGAAAAACAUGGCAUCAAUGGCAAUGGAAGUGGAAAAGCUACGUUCUGAACUUGCAAGUUCGGAGGGCAGACCUUGGGCUGCAGGUGGAUCGUAUGCAAUGAAUUUCAGCACUCCUGAAAGCAAUUUCCAUGCACCUUAUGGUGAGGGAUAUGGAGGCCAUCUGGGCGCUUCCAACAAGGGUCAUUUGUAUGGUGCUGACUCUGCUUCAUGGGCAGGAACAGAAAAACCUAGAACAUCUCGCCGUUGAAAUGUUCACAUCCUUUAAUUUGCUGUCAUGUAUACAGGAACAAGAACUGUCUCAUGUCUUCAAUUUGUGUGCGUAGAGAAAUUUUAUGUUAACUUAUGUAGGAGCAUUGAUAGGGUAUAAUUCUCUCAUUUGCCUAAAACCAUAGUUUUAGCAGCAUACUCUUAUUUUAAACAUUUCCAUUCUCACCUUCAUUUCAGUACAUUUUAUGGUUAAAUUAACUCUAUUAUAUUGU